GUGAGUGCGGCUGGCGGGGCGGCGGGGAGCGCGGCGCGGAGUUGGUGGGGUUCCGAGAGAGAGGCGCCUCGGGACGGAUAUAAUCCUCUGAUACACAUGGAGCCAUAUUUUGCUGGUUUUAAGCAUAUGCAGCAGGACUAUGAAGUCACUCUUGAACUCGCAAGUGAAGAGAAUCAAAAAACUAAAAAUAUGCAAAAUUCUAGAACGGGGUCUUACGGUGUCAGCAUUAGAGUCCAAGGAAUCGAUGGACAUCCUUACAUAGUACUGAACAAUACAGAAGGGUGUUUGCCAGAAAAUCAUCCCCCUGGAAAAGAACAGCAGGUCAUUCCUCAGACUGUAAACAAGCCAGCCACAGACUCCAAUCCUGCUUUUACGUUGGAGGACAAAAUCAGUGAACAUACAAAAUUUGCUGGAACACAGCACAUGCAACCCUCUAUGCCUAAAAAACUGAAGAUAACCAAUGUACAUGAAAAGGAAAGUGGAAUGCCAGAUUUUAAAGAUGAAGCUACGAAAUCUUCAAAUUUGUUGAAUUUUCAAAGACAUCCUGAACUUUUGCAACCUUAUGAUCCUGAAAAAAAUAACUUGAACUUGGAUAAUUACCAGUCUUCUGUAUGCAGUAAAUCUAAGUCUUUUGCAGAUGAAAAAACUGAAGCAAAGCCUUGGAUUUCCUCAUCUAAAAUAGUGUCUCUGCAGAAAACAAAUAUGUACCUUGCAGAGCCAACCAAAGCAAAUUCAAAAAAAUUACAUCCGAACAGGUCAGUAGAAGAUCCAAACAAGCAGCUGCAGGAUUGUCCCAGUAGCGCUGUCAGCCCCGGUGAUGUGUGUGUUUCAGAGUCAUUUUCAUCUGCAGGAGGAUCCCCCUGUGUUAGUCCUACUGCUUAUCCUGAGUCAAAGAAACCGAGACCAGAUGUUCUUCCCUUCCGCAGGCAGGACUCAACUGGGCCAGUAUUGAAUGACUCCCGAAGAUCCUCAUCCUCAUCAGCUACUCCCACUUCUGCAAAUUCCUUGUACAGAUUUUUACUGGAUGACCAAGAGUACGCCAUCUACGCCGACAACGUUAACCGGCACGAGAACAGGAGAUACAUUCCAUUCUUGCCAGGAACUGGUCGGGAUAUUGACACUGGUUCACUUCCAGGAGUAGAUCAGCUAAUUGAAAAGUUUGAUAAGAAAGUUGAUGCUCACAGAAGAGGCAGGUCAGGAAAAAGGAACAGGAUUCAUCCAGAUGAUCGUAAAAGAUCAAGAAGUGUUGAUAGUGCCUUGUCAUUAGGACUUGAUGUAAAUUCAGAUUAUUUGGGUGAAUUCAGUAAAAGCUUGGGUAAGUCAACUGAGCACUUGUUGAGACCAUCUAAACUUUGCCUUCACAAGCAGUUUUCCAGAGAUCAAACUUCACCUUCCAAAGAGACGAAGAUUUCUGCUCGAAGUAUUGGAAAACUGCAAAUGCCCAAUAAAGAUGCCCAGAGCAGCAGUUUCAGCUCUUUGCAACACCAUAAACAGAAUGGAACAGAUACAGAGAGGGGGAGGUCAGCUACACUCCCAGGACAGAGUAAGAGAGAGGAAGUUAAAACAGUAACUUCUACUUUGUUGUUGCCAAACCGAAUUACAAUUACACCUGAAUCGGGAGCCAAGAAGAUUUCUGUAAAAACGUGUUCAUCUGUCCCUAAUAUACAGGCAACUCCUGAUCUCUUAAAAGGCCAGCAAGAUCUUGCACAGCAAACAAAUGAAGAGACUGCUAAGCAGAUACUUUACAAUUACCUUAAGGAAGGAAGUCCUGAUAACGAUGAUGCAACAAAGAGGAAAGUGAACUUGGUUUUUGAGAAAAUUCAGACGUUGAAGUCAAGAGCUGCUGGAAAGACGCAGGUUUCAGAUUCUUCGGCUGAAGUGAAAGCAUUGGUGGAACAAAAAGCAGAACUUGAAAGAAAAGUGGAAGAGUUAGAGAAAAAACUGGAUCUGGAAAUUAGGAAUCAGCAAAAUUCUAAAGAAGAGAGAGAUGCUACACGAGCAAGUCUGAAAGAUCUUCAGUUGCAGCUUGAUCAAAGUAUACGUGAGAAGGAAGCCUUAAAAAAUCAGCUGGAAGAAAACGAGAAGGAACUCAGGCAAAACCUGGAGGAGCUUUUUCAAGUGAAGAUGGAGCAGGAAAAACACCAGACUGAGAUCAGAGACCUUCAAGACCAGCUCUCUGAGAUGCAUGAUGAACUGGAUAAUGCAAAACACACCGAUGAAGGGGAGAAAGAGAUUCUCAUUGAGGAGCUGAUGCAAAUGAAGCAGGAUCUGCAAGAAGUAUUAAUAGCAAAAGACCAACAAGAAGAGAUUUUGAGAAAGAGAGAGAGAGAGCUCACAGCUUUGAAAGGAGCACUUAAAGAAGAAGUAUCCAGCCAUGACACAGAGAUGGAUAAACUUAAAGAGCAGCAUGAUAAAGAAUUGCUGGAUCUUCGACAGAGCCUGGAGAAAGCAACAGAGAGUGCUGCUGUCCUUGCAAGUGAAAAAAAUGCUGCACAAGAGGAGCGAAAUAGUAUAGAAAAUCAAGUCAAAGAGCUGAUUGAGGAAAAUGAGCGACUGAAGAGAACACUUACUGAGCUAGAGAGGAAAAUUGAGGAGCUGCAGAAACAAAUUGAUAAUAUGAAAGGAGAAGAAAAUAAAGUGAAGGAAAAAUUAAAGACAUAUGAGGAAGAGAAGCAACAAUUAGAAGAAGCUUUGAAACAUGCUGAAAAGGAGGGAAAAGAAUUGUUAGUGAUAAAAGCAGCUUUGGAAAGCCAGCUAGAAGAUAUGCAGGAGAGCAUCCGUUGCAUUUCACAGGAGAGACAGCAGUUAAGUCAGCAAUUAAAAGAUGAAACUCAGCAGAAGGAGCAGUUAAAGCAGAUAAAGAAUGAAAUGGAGAAUGAACGAUUGCAACUGAACAAGACUGUUGAGAAGCUACAGGAGGAGAUGUCUGAAAUGGUGGAGAUCUCAAGAACAUCAGCUCUGGAGCUUCAGAACCAGCUUGAUGAAUACAAGGAGAAAAAUCGCAGGGAAUUUGUAGAGCUGCAGAGGCAAUUAAAGGAGAAAAACAUUGAAGUAGAAAAAUCACGCCUGAUGAACAUAAGAAUGCAAGAUGAGAUGAGGCUGAUGGAAGAAAACCUGAGGGACCACCAAAGAGCUCAGGACGAGGCAAUAACAAAAACUCAGUUACUGGAACAGACUGUGAAAAGCUUGGAGUAUGAACUGGAAGCCAAAAACCACUUAAAGGACGAUCGGGCAAGACAAAUCAAACUAAUGGAGGACAAGUUGUCUCACCUGGAACUUGAGCUUGAUGAAGAAAAGAAUAAUUCGGAUUUGUUGUCUGAAAGGAUCAGCAGGUGCAGAGAACAGAUUGAACAAAUGAGGACAGAGCUACUUCAGGAAAGAGCUAUAAAGCAAGACUUGGAGUGUGACAAGAUUUCAUUGGAAAGACAGAACAAGGACUUGAAGAGCCGAAUCCUUCACCUGGAGGGUUCUUACCGGUCCAGUAAGGAGGGACUUGUUGCUCAGAUGGAGGCAAGGAUCACAGAGCUGGAAGAACGGCUUGCAAAUGAAGAGAGGGAUAGAGUCAAUUUCCAACUAAGUAACCGCAGACUUGAGAGAAAAGUGAAGGAGUUAAUGUUGCAAGUAGAUGAUGAACAUCUGUCAUUGACUGAUCAGAAAGACCAGUUGAGUUUGCGUUUGAAAGCAAUGAAACGUCAAGUUGAAGAAGCUGAAGAAGAAAUAGACAGACUGGAAAAUGCUAAAAAGAAACUUCAGAGAGAACUUGAAGAGCAACUAGACAUAAAUGAACAAUUGCAAGGACAGCUUAACACUGCAAAAAAAGAAUUAAGUAGACUGAAAAAGUCACCAAGUAAAGUGUUGGCUGAUUCUGAUGAUGAUGACGACGAUGAUUUCAGCACGGAUGGUGAUAGUCUCUGUGAAGUACCUUCAGGAAAUAAUUUCUCAAAAGAUGAUGACACAAAAGUCUAAAUAAGUAUAGAUGCAAUUCCUUGAAAAUACUGGAAGAAUAACAUAAAUUAUCAAGAAACUGGAUAUUCUACUAGCCAAAUGACAUAAAGGGAUUUAAGAGUUGGGAUUAUUAUUAUGGAUUUAUUAUAUGGGAUUAUUAUGUUUCCAUCCAUACUGUGCCAUUUUCAUGUUUAGAUCUCCACGGUUUAUUAUAGAAAACAGGAUUGCAUUAUAAAACACUAUAUAUAUAUAAUUUUAUAAUUAUAUUAUAAAACUAUAUAUAUAGAUAUAAAACUGCUACUGAAAAUGAGGGGUUAAUAUUUCAUUUUGCAAAUGGGACUUUGCUAAAAUUCUCUUCAAGUAAAAAGCCAUCUGAUAUUAAUUCAAAAUUAGUUUUUAGUUAUUAAAAACUUUUCCCUAAAAUUAGGGACAUGAUUGAAGAUUAUUUAAUAAUUGUAAGUAAGGGGGAAUUAUGUAUAAAAUGUAAAUAUUUUAAAUUUGAUCUUUUUAUUGACUACUUUAGUACUAUUUUGUAAAGUUUAAAAUAUUAUAUAAAUCAGUUUGAUAUGUAAAAUCUUUAAGUUUAUAUUGAAUGCUAUGUUUGGGUUUUCACUAAGGAAAACAAAUGGAAAUGAGUACAUUUCAUGUAUUACAGAGCAGAUUCAUAGUUCCUGGGCCAGGAAGUACGUUUUAAAACCACUCUAAGUUUUAUUGUAUGUGUUCUGUAUAUUAGAGGUCAAAUGUUAAUCCUGCCUGUUAACUUUAAAAGGACCAUCAUAUCUGCAUGAUGAGAGAGGCUUGGCUUCAACUUCCCUGUAAACUUCAUUUGGGAAGCUUUCUGUUCUUAGGAGGGAAGGUUGAGAGUGCUGUCAGUUAUUACCUGGUAUCUUUCAUUUCUUGAAAGGAAUUUCAUUCUGCCAGAGGCAGAAUGUUACAGGCCUGCUGAUUGGGACCGUCUUAUCUUGCAAGUUUGUGAAGAGUCCCACUUGUUCCAGUAAAAUUACUUGUACUCUUUGAAUUAAGUACAUGCUAAAAUCUGUUAAUGGAAACAAAAAUUUUAUGCUGCUGGCAAGAAAUUGCACCAAGGAAACAAAGUAUGUAAUCUGAUUUUUCUUUCUAAGUUUUUCUUGGCCUUCUACUUGUGAUACAUUGCAGUGCAUGGCCAUAUCUGCCAAUGUAUAUUUGUAUUUCAGUUUACAGAAUUAUCUGUGUUUUGGCUUAUCCAUCUAUUCAACAAAUGUUGUGGGAAAUUUAAAAGAAAGAGCAUUGAAGAUUUUAUUUUAAAGACAUUCUCUAUUUUGUUGCUAAAAAUAUUUUUUCCGUUUGUAUUACACCAGACUGGUUUUGCUUCUUUGCAAAUCUGGAAUUCUAAGGAACGGGCAUUAUUACAAAAUUUUGUUAAUAAACCAUAAUUAGGUCCUGUCUA